AUGGACAGCCGUGAAUCAGAAGAGCGUGGGCCGACGUUGAAUGGGAGUUGGUGCGACCGAGCUGAGGGUGGUGGGGAGGUGGUGCUAUCAGUCAGUGUCCAGUGUUCAAGGAGGAAGGAUGCCACAGCCAGAGCCGGUCGGAAGAUCUGCGACCAGUCGUAAUUAGUCGAUUCUCGAGGAUUUGUUAGUAACAGCUGGUUGUAUUUAGGCGCCUCAACGCGACCUCUUCGUCCGAAGAGCCCAGAGUAG